GGCGGGCCGCGGGUGGUGGCGGAGAAUUCCCGGACGAUGCCCCCCGGCCGCUGACAUUGGGGACAGCGACAUCGCAGGGGACAGAUGGCGACAGCCGGCAAGGGCAGCAAGGGGAAGGGGACAGGAGUGCGCUUCACCCCCGAGGGGACACAGGGCCACCCCCAGGAGGGGACACAGGGCCACGUCCACUUCCAGGAGCAGCUGCACGACUCGGCCGUGAUGGUGACACAGGACAAGGACGGCCACUUCCUCGUCAAGGUGGGAUUCCUGAAGAUCCUCCACAAGUACGAGAUCACCUUCCAGCUGCCCCCCGUGCCCAACCUGGGCAAGGACGUUUGUCCCCUCCCUGUCCCCAACCCCAACCUGCGCAUCAUCAGCGUCACCUCCCUGCCGGAAGGGCACAACGUGCGCUGCGAGUACACGGCGCACAAGGAGGGGGUGCUGAAGGAGGAGCUGCUCCUGGCCGGACACAGCCCCACCCACAUCAAGGUCACCGUCCAGGCCCGGGUCAUGGACCGCCACCACGGGACGCCGAUGCUCCUGGACGGGGUGCGCUGCGUGGGAGCCGAGCUGGAAUACGACUCGGAGCAGAGCGACUGGCACGGCUUCGACUGACCCCAAACCCCACCCGGGGGGACCCCAAAGUCCCCAAAAGCACAAGGACGGUCCCCAAAGCGGGUGGGGAGAACCCCCUUGUUGCUGCUGCCGCUGCUUCGCCCUCACCCCGCAGCCCGGGGGGGUUUUGGGGAAUUGUGCCUCUUGGGGUGGGAAUCUUCCUCUCUCUGGGGUGGGCCAGGAAUUUUGCCUGUGGAAUGUGGGGUGGGAGCGGGGAGUCCCCCGUGGUUUCGGGGUUGGGGCCGUGCCCCCCAGCCAUGUCCUUGUGUUGCUGCCAGCGCCUCUUUUUUGGGUUUUUUCUCCGAUUUUUCUCCGAUUUUUCCUGGUUUUUUCCCCUCUUUUCCCUUUUUUUUUUUUUUUUCCUCGUGGUACAAGGACCAGGAGCAGUUUCAGGAAGUUUUAUGUGCCUACACAUAUACAUAUAUAUAUAUAUAUAAAUAUAAAGAUAUCUUA